AUAACCUCAGACAAAUUACCUCAAGAUUUGAAUCACUUGAUUGCAGUAUAGUGAAGUAGUUGAUUUAGGAGGACGAUGGCUAAAGCGUCGGUGUGUGUGCUGAUUGCUACUGUGCUCAGUGCUACAGGUCGGGAUCUGCCGAACCUUGCACUAAACAAGCCUACAGAACAAAGCUCAGUAUAUAAAACAUGGACAUCUGAUCUGGCUGUUGACGGCCAAAACGGCACUCACAGUGAAGCCAGACAAUGUGCCCAUGUGGCGGAAGCAAAGGGUGUGGUAGAGUGGUGGCAAGUAGACCUCCAGCAGACCUUCUCGGUCCUAACUGUCUCCAUCACCAACAGGGGGGACCGUCAUUACGUAAGAUUAACCAACUUCACUGUGGAGGUCCAUACUUCUGACCCGAUGACCAGCAACAACACCGGCCUACAAGUCUGCUAUUUGCAUGAAGGCACGGUGGGCAGAGGUCUGACGGUAGACUUGACCUGCGCCGUCAACACCAUUGGACGUUACGUCAGAAUUGUCAAGUACAACUCCGGUCUUCAGCCUUUAACCUUGUGUGAAGUUGCGGUGAGGGGAGCCCCAGUGCGCAACACAGGCGGAGUAUCAUCUGCCGUGUUCAGUCGUCACAGCACGGGAGCCAGGGAGUCUCACAACAUCAUCAACAUCAUCGCCAGCCAUGAAAACAUCCGGAAGCUCGACUGUGCCAAGAUGUGUCUCCGUAAGGCGACUUGCAACGCCUUCAACACCAGGUCUCCCUCAAUGGGCGUGGUCAGUUGCGAGCUGCUGGCCGUGGCCCUUGACCCCGUCACUAAUCCACCAUGGGAUGUAUAUGAGAUCAUCAUGAAAAAAUAAUGUGAUAGAAAAAGUUAUAGUCCUCGCACGAUUAUAUUUAGCAGUGUGUGCAUCUCCAACUAGAUCAAUAGCGCUUUUUAAAUACAUCAUGUGCACGUUUAUCUUUCAGUCGGUUCUGGUAAUGAGCGUACGCUUACUUACUUACUUUCACGUGCGCUUUCCGACAUUAUGCGUAUUUCGUACACGGCUGAACGUACGUUGCACACCCUGCUAAAUAUAGCUGCUCGCAGUCACCUGACUGUUGACCUUUGCCCGGAUUGUAGUCACGUGAUGAGAACUCAAUGUGAACAAAAAGGAUAUUUUUAGAAAAAUCGCACAAUGCAUUUUUUGUCAUUACUGAAGGUAAUAUUUCUUGUCGCUUGAACGGUGUUUUUUCGCUUUAAAUGUAUUAACCCACAUGCAGCUAUCGUCUUUCAUUAAUAAUAACGAUAUUCUAUGUCAAGAGGCGAGGACUAAAGGUUCAACAGUUAACGUUUGCCUUCAACUUAAGGUCUCCGUAUAUGGGCGUGGUCAGAAGCGAGUUGCUAGCCAUGGCCCCUCGUUCCGCCGCCAAUGCAACAUGGGAUGUGUAUACGAUGAAUGGUGUUGAGUGUAUAGCAGAGUGUGUGAGUGAGUUGGGGUUUACCCCGCUGUUACAAGUUUACCAGCUUUAUCACAGCAGUAGAUACUACAAAUGGUCUCCACUGCUCCCAUGCAACGAAUCAACCCCGGCCUUCUGCGUGACGAGCGAGCACUUUGAUAAUUAGGCUAGGCCUGGAAAUCAUUAGGCAUACGCCUGGAAAGUUACUGACUGCGGCGGUGAACAACAUUCACUUUGGUAAAUUUUAAAAUUCUGAAAAAGGGCAGUUUCUAAAGUAAUAAAUAUCAUUAUUAUAUAAUUGGGGCGGUCGGGUAGCCUAGUGGUUAAAGCGUUCGCUCGUCACGCUGAAGACCUGGGUUCGAUUCCCCACAUAGGCACAAUGUGUGAAGCCCAUUUCUGGUGUCACCCGCCGUGAUAUUGCUGGAAUAUUGCUAAAAGCGGCGUAAAACCAUACUCACUUACUCACUAUCAUAUAAUAAUAUCACAUUAUAAUUAAAAUGGCGUAUUUUUAAGCUUUCAUAGAUUUUUAAACGGAGAAAAUUUCACUUCUUUUUAAAUAAGGGAUAUCAUUGUAUUUAAUGUUCUAAAACAAAUGUAUGGAACCGUCAAGGAUGUGUUUAGACUCAGUGUAACAGCACCCUAUUUUGCAACUUAUUUCGGAGUACGCUGAGGGUGUAUUUUGAGCCCUCUUCUGUUUUCUUUCUUUACACUGAACUUGUAAAUCGUGGGUAUGCUGCAUGUUGUUUGUUUGUUUGUUGUUUAACGCCACACUACGUCAGUAUUCCAGCUAUAUGACGGCGGUCUGUACCCUGACAAUCCAAUGAUUGAUAUCAUAAGCAUUAGUCCACGCAAUUGGGAUACGAUAACAUGCAUCAACCAAAUCAGCGAGCCUGACCACCAGAUCCCGUCAGUCGCCUCUUACGACAAGCAUGGGUUAACCCGAAUUUUGAUUGGUUGUAUGCUACAUUUAGUCAUGACAUUUUGUUACUGGGGCAAUUGAAGGUAUAUUUAUGAUGAUGACGAUGUAACAUUUUCUUAUUCUAUUUUUUUUUUUAUCUUCAGAGACAACUUGAUUGUAUUUCACCUUAUUGUGAUCAUUGGGAUUAGAGCUACAUUUCGAGAAAACAAUGUAUUUAAGGAAUGGUGGCAUCAUGUCACGUAAUGACUAAAAUUGUUGUCCCCGGUUUGUUUUGGGACAGCUCGCCCAAACACACCUGUCGCUCAACGUUUUGCACCUUCUUUUGAGAAUCUCGGGAUUUUCUUGUUCAGUGUAUGCAAACAGACUACGUCCAACAACUUCACAUCAGGAGUCGACAUAUUCUCCGGUCGGGGAUCCUGAAAUAUGAACGUUAUGAAGAAAGAUCAGCUUUGAAAAAUAACUGCCAGAGACAGAAUAGUUUCGGCACCAAGACCUAACGCCCCAACACACCCGAGCCAUCACAAUUGGACCUUGCAAUUACCCCGUGCACGUGAAUGUCAAUUUUGACAGUUCAAUGAAAGGCUGUCAAAUUGCUCUGUUAUAGUGCGCCAUUUGCUCGAGUAUUCCUUGAGGAUGUGAUAUUUCAUAAAAUACCAUAUGUAAUUAUGCUUAACAUAUUUGGUCUGUAAAUAAUCGAGUCUGGGCCAAUCAAUCCAGCGGUCGAUAUCAUGAGCAUCGAAUCAUCGGCAUACGAUGACAUGCAUCAACCAAAUCAGCGAGCCUGACCACCAGAUCCCGUCAGUCGGCUCUUACAACAAGCAUGGGUUGCUUACAGUCAUGUCAUGUCAUGUCAUGUCACUAGGGUCUCACGGAUUUCAUUACUUAAGCAAAUGGGCACCAAAAUUAGAAUAACCGGUGGCGCAAGGCCCUUAUUUUUCUUUGUUUCAAUUAGUUUAAGUCCCCUUUCAAUAUACAUUUAUUAGGUUAGCUAUGCGAGCCUUGUUAAAUCCAAGAACAACAUAUGAAAAUAUAUUAUGGCAAGUCAAUCUUAGUCAUAAACCUGAAACAAUAAUGACUCAGUUCGACCUGUGCAAUCUACCACGUCAAACGUUUGGUCAGUGUAACCGCAGGGCAGAGUUAUCCAAACCCCCUGCCUCUGUUAUAAAUUUUGGGGGGCGGUGGGGUAGCCUAGUGGUUAAAGCGUUCGCUCGUCACGCUGAAGAACUGGGUUCGAUUCCCCACAUAGGCACAAUGUGUGAAGCCCAUUUCUGGUGUCCCCCGCCGUGAUGUUGCUGGAAUAUUGCUAAAAGCGGCGUAAAACCCUACUCAUUCACUCACUCACUCACUAUACAUUUUGGAACGCACAAGCAGCUCUACGUCAGCAUCUACCUUCUUACUUCUACUGUAACAUAGGCGGAUCCGGA